GAAGAAGAAGUUGUCUGUUUUAUAGUUAGUGCAUUCCCAGUUUACACACCACUUCUCUCUCUAUCUUCUCUCUCAUCAUCAACUAAAUUAUUCUAUUUCUUCAACUAAAUAAAUAAUCAAACCCAAUACAAAACUGUCUCUCUUUCUCUCUAAAAUACUCUCAUAUUAUAUAUAUAUGUCUGCAACUUCAAGAACUUAUUCUCUAUUAUAUUCCUUCAUUGUGUUUUGUGUUUGUUCUUCAUUUGUCCACAUUCUUCAAUAUAUUUUAAAAUAAUUAACACUUUCCUCCAUUUUUCUGUUAUUUUGCUAUCAAAAUGAGAUUUUGAGCAAGUUUUAUACUCAAAUAUAUAUAUUUAUCUUGUAAUGGAUCUUGAAGGAGUGAUUCAUAGCAACAAUCCAAUCAAGAGAGAUUCAUGGAAGACAGUGUUGACUUUAGCAUAUCAAAGCUUAGGAGUUGUGUAUGGAGAUUUAAGUACUUCACCAUUAUAUGUAUAUAAAAGCACAUUUGCAGAGGACAUACAGCAUUCCGAAACCAACGAAGAGAUUUACGGAGUUUUAUCGUUUAUCUUCUGGACGUUAACGUUAAUUCCGCUUCUGAAAUAUGUAUUCAUUGUCCUUAGAGCGGAUGAUAAUGGCGAAGGUGGUACAUUUGCUUUAUAUUCUUUGCUCUGCCGCCAUGCCAGAGUCAGUUCCAUACCGAAUUGUCAACUCGCGGAUGAGGAUUUGUCGGAAUAUAAAAACGAUGAGUCGGAAUUUGGCGAUAAAGAUGAUUCGGGGUCUGGUUUAAAGACAACGUUGGAGAAGUGUAGAUUGUUGCAAAGAUUGUUGCUUGUUUUGGCUUUGAUUGGUACUUGUAUGGUUAUUGGAGAUGGAGUUCUUACGCCUGCAAUUUCUGUGUUUUCUGCUGUUUCCGGGUUGGAGCUAUCGAUGUCGAAAGAGCAGCAUCAAUAUGUUGAACUUCCGGUUGCAUGUGCAAUACUUGUAUUUUUGUUUGCCCUCCAGCAUUACGGAACUCAUCGAGUUGGAUUCUUAUUCGCGCCGGUUGUGAUUACGUGGCUGUUAUGUAUUAGUGCUAUUGGUGUAUAUAACAUUGUGCACUGGAAUCCCCAUGUUUAUGAAGCACUUUCCCCUUAUUACAUGUAUAAGUUCUUGAAGAAGACUCAGAGAAGUGGAUGGAUGUCUUUAGGUGGAAUUCUGUUGUGUAUGACAGGGUCAGAAGCUAUGUUUGCUGAUCUUGGACAUUUUUCCCAGUUGUCUAUCCAGAUUGCUUUCAGUUUUGUGGUUUAUCCUUCACUGAUUCUGGCAUAUAUGGGGCAAGCUGCUUAUCUUUCGAAGCAUCAUAUCAUCGAAAGCGAUUAUCAGAUUGGUUUCUAUGUAUCGGUCCCUGAGAAAAUAAGAUGGCCUGUUCUAGCAAUAGCAAUACUUGCUGCAGUUGUAGGAAGUCAAGCAAUAAUUACAGGAACAUUUUCCAUAAUCAAACAGUGUUCUUCACUUGGUUGCUUUCCAAAGGUCAAGAUUGUUCACACCUCGUCGAAAAUGCACGGCCAGAUCUACAUUCCAGAGAUUAAUUGGACAUUGAUGCUUCUUUGCUUGGCUGUUACUAUUGGUUUCAGAAACACAAAACACAUGGGAAAUGCAGCAGGUUUGGCAGUUAUUACAGUUAUGCUGGUAACAACCUGCCUAAUGUCCUUGGUGAUAAUCUUAUGCUGGCACAAAAAUGUGAUUCUAGCCCUUUGUUUUAUAUUCUUCUUUGGCUCCAUUGAGGCUCUCUACUUCUCAGCAUCUCUCAUCAAGUUCCUCGAAGGCGCCUGGGUACCUAUCGCGCUCUCAUUGAUCUUCCUUGCGGUUAUGUACAUUUGGCACUAUGGAACUCUCAAGAAAUAUGAAGCUGAUGUUCAAAACAAGGUCUCCAUCAACUGGAUGCUAAGUCUAGGCCCCAAUCUCGGAAUCGUUAGGGUCCGAGGGAUUGGCCUAAUGCAUACUGAGCUUGUGUCGGGUAUCCCGGCUAUAUUCUCUCACUUUGUCACAAACCUUCCUGCUUUUCACCAAGUAGUAGUCUUCCUCUGCAUCAAAUCCGUGCCUGUACCGCAUGUUAGGCCUGAGGAAAGGUUCCUAGUCGGAAGAGUUGGUCCGAAAGAGUACCGACUUUAUAGAUGCAUAGCACGAUAUGGUUAUCGAGAUGUACAUAAAGAUGAUUUGGAAUUCGAGAAAGAUCUUGUUUGUAGUAUUGCAGAAUUUAUCAGGUCGGAAAAACCUGAAAUCGAUUUGGGAAUAGAAGAUACAGGAGAGUGCGAAAAGAUGACAGUAGUCGGAACACUGUCAUCGUCUUUCGAAGGCGUAAAAUUAUGCGAAGACGAUUCUAGUACAGUAGGAACUUCAGAGGUGAAGGAGAUACAGUCACAGUUGACACAGAGAUCGAAAAAGAGAGUGAGAUUUGUUGUUCCGGAAAGCCCACGACUCGACAGGGAUGUUCGGGAGGAGUUGAGGGAGCUAAUGGAAGCAAGAGAAGCAGGAAUGGCAUUUAUACUUGGACAUACAUAUGUACGGACCAAGAGUGGAUCGAGUUGGUUGAAAAAAGUAGUGAUCAAUUAUGGUUAUGAUUUCUUGAGAAAAAAUUCAAGAGGACCAAGUUAUGCUUUGAGCAUACCUCAUGCUUCAACUCUAGAAGUGGGGAUGGUAUACUAUGUUUAAGUGUACGUUACGGUACAGUUACGGUGCACGGAAAUACCGAAACGGAAAACGCUGAAGCGAAAAAUGGGUAAAUGAUGUUUUUUUUUAUAAGAAUAGAUUAUAAAUAUAGAGUUUUGGAGUUUCAGAAGCAUUUAUGGAAAUGAAAAAUGAAAUGCUGAUACGUAGGACUCGAUAAGUUUUCGUGCAACAUAUCAGUACAACUAUAAAACCCGACAAAUUUUCUGUAGUUUACUGAGUGUUGUUAUGUAUAUAUAUAUGAUAUAACAGAGUUGAUUUAUAAAUACAGUUGUGAAGAUAUUGCAGAA